UGGUCUGAGCGACUGCGAAGGUGGAAGGAAGAUGGAGGAAGAGGGGCCGAUCUGCAAAACGCCACAAUCGGCGAGGCUACGGCGUCUGCAUCCACGGAGGCUGAAGACUGCCGCUGCUGGCGAAGAACUGGCGAAGAGGAUAUGUUCUGCGGAGGAGAACACCUCGACUUCGACUUCGCCGUCGGCAACUUCGUCUUCACCAACAUCGAGCUCACCAUCGUCCUCCGAGUCAGAGGAGACGAAUCCCCCUUGCGUCUCGCAUGGGUGGGUGUCGGUGAUUGGACGGCGGAGGGAGAUGGAGGACGCCGUGUCCGUGGAGCCGGGGUUCUUUGGCGCCGGGGAAUAUGAUUUCUAUGCGGUGUACGACGGGCACGGCGGUGCUAUUGUUGCUGAAGUGUGCAAGGAGAAAAUGCAUUUUGUGGUGGCGGAGGAGGCUGAUAAAGGGGAGAAGGGGGAGGGGGAUGAGGAGAAAUGGAGGAGGGCAAUGGCGGCGAGCUUUGAAAGAGUUGAUGGGGAGGUGGCGGAGGAGAAGAAGGGGACGGUGGGGUCUACUGCCGUGGUAGCGGUGGUCGGGAGGCGGCGGAUUGUGGUGGCGAACUGUGGGGAUUCAAGAGCGGUGCUAUCGAGGGGCGGUGUUGCGGUGGCACUUUCGGAUGAUCACAAGCCAAACAGACCUGAUGAGAUGAAAAGAGUGGAAGCAGCUGGAGGAAGGAUUAUAAAUUGGGAUGGAUAUCGCGUCCUUGGAGUGCUUUCUACUUCAAGGUCUAUAGGGGACUUCUUCCUGAAACCCUACGUGACUUGUGAACCAGAGAUCACAGUAACCGAGCGGAGCGAUAAGGAUGAAUUCCUUAUACUGGCAAGUGAUGGAUUAUGGGAUGCGAUCUCAAAUGAAGUAGCUUGCAGGAUUGUAAGGCAAUGCCUUUCAGGACAAGCGGCCAAGAUGUUUCCAGGGGCCGUAAAUGGUCGUUCGGCGGCCGAGGCGGCUGCUCUCCUGGCUGAGCUUGCCAUUGCUCGAGGAAGCAAAGAUAACAUCAGCAUCGUCGUAGUCGAGCUGACGAGAACAAUUGAACGCUGCCUACGAAGAAGAUGCAAAACGAAAUCAUGACAGGAUUAUUGUUUCUUUCCUCACUAUUUUCUCGAGUCUGUUAAAGCAAUUGUAUUUAUCUUUGCUUGUAUUGCAUUUAUUCAACGAAGAAAAUGCAGAACCAAAUUAUCUUUAUUCGAAGUAGUGAAUGAAUGUUUAACAAAAAAAAAGUUUGCUCGAGGAA